UUUAACGUUGCAAAAGUCGGUCGGGGUUUCCGUUCCAUCGGUACAGCCAGCCAGCCGUACUCCGGAGGUCCUUGGUUCUCCAGCUUUUUGUGAAACUAGUGGGCUUCUGCAGAAAGGCUUCAAGCUGAAAAGUGCCAUUUCAAGUCGUUUGAAUUGGAAUAUACAAUAAUUCGCCGUGUUGGUUCGUGAUUAUUUGUCGAGUUCCCUGCAAAGUGAUGUGAGAAAAGCCAGCAGUCAGCCAUUACAAUUUUCCAGUGUAUCGAAUCGAGUGUGGAAAAAUUUUCUACCCCACUGAAAGCAUUCUGGAGAGGGGACGGUGUGGGAGAAGACGGAGAGAGCUUUUGCAUAAGCAGGCCGCCGAAGGAGACCAAAGGGUCGUUAAGAGGUCGUAACGUAAUUUUUAAUCAAAGGCCUGCUAAGAACAGAAGCAGAAAUUUGGAUUGAUUAUGUAACGCAUCAAGGAUACAUAUUCAUACCUAGUUUCGGAAGCGACCAGGUUAUUGAGUGAUGUUCGGGAGAGUUGCAUAGAGUAUCCCAUGGAACAUUGUAAGUAAAAUAGCGCGAGACUGUGUUGGUUAAGCGUGUGCACAGUUUUCAUUCACAUUGGACGUUUUCGAGUAGUUUUGUCAUAAGCCUCACCGUUUCCGAGUGUGAUUAGAACGAAAUCAUCUGUGGAGAGUAUUUGUUCGGUGGAAAUUGUGCUCAUUGAAGCGACUAGGCUGUCGAAAUAGCUAGUGAGAGAACGAACCUCCCAUGCAAAGGGGAGGAUCGUUGAAUCGAUGUUGUUUGGUUUUCUUUUGGCCGGAGCAAUCUGAGGCUGCAUCUCGGUGAAGGCGCACAUGUGCGGGCUACGUUUCAGAACAAGAAACUCUCCGUCUCAGAAGACAUCCCUACGCUGGGGUGACAGCUGCUAUCCUUAUUGAACAGUUGGCCUCGACCACGGUUCUACAUAACAUCAGAAGAUCCCACCACAGAGAUCGGCAUCAUCUUCGCCAUUGUCGUCAUUCGUCGCCACCACUUCACUUAUCUCGAACAGCAGGCCAACAUCGAAGUGAACUCUAGACACUCAUACGUAAAAAUAGGGUAGCCAUUCCAUCGAAACAGCCACAAGGUCGAAUAGCAAUCAAGUAAAAUUUCAAAGCAAAGCAAAAAUGAUCGCUAUCAAAGUGUUGAAUCCUAGUUCUAAGUGUAACGUUUUACGCGUAAAAUAUCUGUGAUGUGUUAAAAGUCUACAAAUCAAUGUUCUAAGAUUUCAAAAGAAGUGUCGGGGAGUACAGAAAAGCUAGUCGUUUACAAAGUUAAUAAUAUAUAAUAAAUACCAUCACAGUACUCCAUAGUCCAGAGAAGGAAAGACAACGGAAGAGCUAGUCUUCCUCACCGCCCACACCAUCGCCACAUAUAUAACGAAGCACUCAGACUCACGUGAGCCAGCAGUAAUUGGAGAGGUCCUCGUGCAUCCAUCUUUUAAAAGAACUACUACAUUCAUUGGCUACGGUAAACGACCUUGGUCUCUUAGCACAUCUUUCAUCUCAUCAACGAAGAAUAAAAAGCCUGGAACAAUAAUCGAUACAAUAAAAGCCAUCGACUUUCGCACACCCACUGGCUGUUGGUUACCCAAGAAGCACUCGACUCAUCAACCGAAAAGAUCGUUAGCCUGGUGACACUCUCCAGAAAAAAAAAAACCAACAACAACCAUCUUCAACGGUAUACCCUUGGCUGGAGAUUCUCUUAAGCAUUUACCGUAACUUAUCUAUACGCAUUAAACCAUCACUAUUUCAACCCUAAAGAAGAGAGACGAAAAACAAGCUUUAAGUAUUAUUAAGUCACUGGCAUAAAAAAAAGCAUUGUGAAUCACAUUAUUCGAAAAGUAAAAGCCGAAUCCGGAGCACCGAUCGACUUCCUCUCAAUCAGAGGACCAAUUACAAGACGAAUCUUCUAGACGUGACCAGUUCGGCACAAUUGUGGCAGUGCCAUUAGGUUGAUAUACUGCUGUCUAGGCGAGCGGUCGUUAACGCGCAUUCUUGGAAAAACGGGAAAUCAGGAGCGUUUUUGGAAGCUAAUUAGCAGACAUACCAAAAGGCGAACGAAAAAAGCCUCAACAUGAUCAACAUUGCCGGUGUUAUCAGUAUUGUGUUGUUCUACAUCUUGAUUUUGGCAGUCGGAAUAUGGGCCGGCCGAAAGAAAGAAUCCGGAAAUGAUUCCGAGGAGGAGGUGAUGCUUGCCGGACGAUCUAUUGGUCUGUUUGUGGGAAUUUUCACGAUGACUGCAACAUGGGUCGGCGGCGGGUACAUCAACGGCACAGCAGAAGCAAUCUACACAUCCGGCCUGGUUUGGUGUCAGGCUCCGUUUGGCUAUGCACUCAGUUUGGUUUUCGGUGGAAUCUUUUUUGCCAAUCCGAUGCGAAAGCAGGGUUACAUCACCAUGUUGGAUCCGCUGCAGGACAGCUUUGGAGAGCGCAUGGGAGGACUUCUGUUUUUGCCGGCCUUGUGCGGUGAGGUGUUCUGGGCUGCCGGUAUCUUGGCCGCUCUCGGUGCCACCCUGUCGGUCAUUAUCGACAUGGAGCAGGAGACUUCGGUCAUCCUGUCGGCGUGUAUCGCUGUGUUCUACACCCUAUUUGGAGGGUUGUAUUCGGUGGCGUACACCGACGUCAUACAGUUGUUCUGUAUCUUCAUUGGGCUGUGGAUGUGUAUUCCGUUCGCCUGGUCGAACGAUCACGUCAAGAGCUUGUCGGGGAUGGAUGUUGACUGGAUUGGCGAAAUCGGCGAGGGUUACCAUUGGUAUUAUGCAGAUUAUGGAUUGUUGCUCAUUUUCGGCGGUAUUCCAUGGCAGGUAUACUUCCAACGUGUAUUAUCGAGCAAAACAGCUGGUCGGGCCCAAAUCCUAUCAUACGUAGCUGCUUUUGGCUGUAUCCUCAUGGCAAUCCCACCAGUAUUGAUUGGAGCUAUCGCAAAAGCGACUCCAUGGAACGAAACUGACUACAAAGGCCCAUGGCCACUGACAGCUCAGGAAACCAGCAUGAUUCUGCCCAUGGUGCUGCAAUAUCUGACACCGGACUUUGUGUCUUUCUUCGGAUUAGGGGCCGUGUCUGCAGCGGUCAUGUCCUCGGCCGAUUCAUCAGUAUUAUCCGCAUCGUCCAUGUUCGCUCGAAACGUGUACCGGCUUAUCUUCCGCCAGCGUGCCUCCGAAAUGGAAAUCAUCUGGGUGAUGCGCGUAUCGAUCCUGGUGGUGGGCAUCCUCUCCACCAUAAUGGCUCUAACGAUACCAUCCAUCUAUGGUUUGUGGUCAAUGUGUUCCGAUUUGGUGUACUGCAUUUUGUUCCCUCAGUUGCUCAUGGUGGUUCACUUCAAAAAGCACUGUAAUACUUACGGUAGUCUGGCUGCGUACAUAAUCGCAUUCCUGGUGCGGCUAUCUGGCGGUGAAUCAAUGCUCGGUCUGCCGGCACUGAUUCACUAUCCGGGCUACAACGAAGAAACCGCCACACAGAUGUUCCCCUUCCGGACGAUGGCGAUGAUCAUGAGUUUGGUCACGCUGAUAGGCGUCUCCUGGUGGACAAAAUGGAUCUUUGAAACUGGCCGCCUGGCACCGAACUACGAUUAUUUCCGCUGCGUGGUUAAUAUUCCGGAGGAGCUGCAUCGAGUCGGCGAACCUUCUGAUUCCGGCGAACAGCUCUCCGUUAUGGCCGGUGGAAUGACCCGAAUGUACGGUGCGGCUACCAUGGUCGGUAAGGACGAACGAAACGGUCGGGUGAAUCCGGCCCUGGAGGCGGACGACGAUCUACCAGUGGUGGAAGCCAAACGCCAAAUAGAGCAGCAACAGCAACAAUACGCUGCCGGUGGAGGCGGUGGAGUAUUUUUGAGCGAUGGCAGUGUAGUUCCCGGAGCUCAUGCACAUACGGCAUUUUGAAAUCGGAUGCAGCAGUAAGGAACUGCGCGCUUUACAUAGAGAGGUGGAUGAAGAAAUUGGAAACGGUAGAGCACAUACAUCAAUUAUUAAUUGGAAGGAAAACAGAUGCUUUUCGGAAAGUUCAGUUUUGUUGCCGGGCUUGACAGCAUGCAUUGAGUGAAAUAGCUGUGGAACUGGUUUCCGCCUUUAUCAACCCGGGGUUAUGGGUUGUGCUAAAAUUAUAUUUUACGACGAUUGGGUUAUGGGUGCAUAACACCAUUCGGGGUUGAACCCAAUGAAAUUACAGCAACAAAUACAUAUCAAACAGAGAUUAGUGUUUUUAGUGUUUAGUUUCUUUGGACUAACGCAAUCGAUACAUAUCAAACUAGGGCUUAUAAAACGUACCAAGUGGCAUAUUCUUGGAGUGUAUUAUCAUCACACAAGAAAACAGCAGAUGUGGAUACUAGGUGGAAAUCUUAAUCAAGUUUAUGUUUGAAAUAUAUUAAAUUCUGCGAGGAGGAUUAAAUCAGAGAUAAACGCAGCAAUUUCAGUAGUAGCAAAUAGGAAGCAUAAUUGUAUUUGUUUGUUAAUUUUAUUUUUAAAGUGUGAGAUGAUGAGAUAAAGUGAGGUCAGGGAAACUAUUAAAAUAGUUUAUGUUGUCACAAAAUGUAUUCAUUUUUUACUCAACCAGCAGGAAUAAUGCAACCAAUUGUACAAAUCUAUAAUGUUUAUUGAAAGGAUCCAAUGUAUUAUCGUUUUCCGCUACAAACUGUCCAAAAGCGUGAAAGUUUCCCUUGAAUGUUGAAUAAAGAUAGGAAAGGAUUCUUUAAUGAUGUUAUUUUUCUGUAAGAGUUUAUUUGCACGGAUUUCUCCCUAAUAGCUUUUAUGAAACCAACUACGUGAAGACGGAAACGGUUUAUUGAGAUAAGGAACUGACAACAACUAUGAAAAUAACUCAAAAAAUAUCAGACAAUGGUGCUAGAAAAAUACUUGAGGUAAAGCUGUCAUAGGCCGUUUGUUAUGUCUGAAAAGAUAGUCGAGUGAAUAUGUGAGGAUCUGAAUUCAGUGGUGAAAAUUUCGACUAGAUUUUACUAUAUUAUUUUUCUCCAUUACGCUUGUUUCUUUUAACGCAGUUAUUAAACAUUGACAAAUUUUAUUUUAAAAGAAGAAAUAAAAACUAAAUAAAUAGAACUGAUUAUAAAAUAAAAAGAAAGUUAUGAAACAAAACUGUAGAAAUCAGUUUACUGUAGGGUAAUCAAACUGUACUUGAUCGUAGGUGUUAAAUUUAAACAAAAACCAAACCAACCAAUAUUGAACAUAAGUUAAACUAACGAAACAGGCAAUUCAAAUUCGUACAUAUCAUUCAAAGUAAUCCAAAGAAAAAGUGAAAG